AUGUUGAACUUACGAAUAACAACAGCAACUUUUCGCACGAGUUUAUACUCUACGAGAAGGAAUUGCUUCUCUAGACAUAGAGGGUUGCUGACUUUGGCUAUCGAAACUUCUUGUGAUGAUACCUCGGUAGCAAUCGUCGAAAAGAACCCGAAUAACACCCCUGGCGCUGCGAAGGUGCACUUCCUCGAAAAUGUAACCGCCGAUUCACGAGAGUACCGUGGCAUCCACCCGAUCCUAGCACUCGAAUCACACCAAGAGAACCUCGCAAAGCUUGUCGAAAAAGCACUCUCGCAUUUACCAGAGACUGAAAAUAACAAUGGGAAAACUGGAAGCGAUAUAUCACGACAAAUAGUCUUGGCUGAUGGGUCGAGCCCGCGCCGGAAGCCGGAUUUCAUAUCCGCCACUAGAGGACCGGGGAUGCGCUCCAACUUGUCCACCGGAUUGGAUACAGGAAAGGCGCUUUCGGUUGCAUGGCAGAUUCCGUUUAUAGGAGUACAUCAUAUGCAAGCGCACCUUUUGACGCCGCGGCUUGUUUCUUCUCUGGAGCGAGGUCAGGGUGUCGAUACCACGACUACUGAGACCACGCCAGAAUUUCCUUUUCUCUCCAUUCUCGUUUCCGGUGGCCACUCAAUUUUGGUGAAGUCGACAUCUAUCACAAAGCACGAAGUCAUGGCAUCCAGCACAGAUAUCGCCAUUGGCGAGUCUCUUGACAAAGCUGCUCGGGAAAUAAUUCCCAGCUCCCUACUUCAGAAUUCAAAAACUACAAUGUACGGCAAAGCGCUGGAGCAAUUUGCAUUUCCAGAUGGAAACUCAGGUUACUCCAAUUACCGACCACCCAAGACUCGUGGAGAGGAGGUAAUCAAACGUGAAAGCCCAUGGGGCUGGAGUAUCACUACGCCAUUUGCCAACACGCGGCAUCUGCAGUUCAGCUUCUCGUCCAUCGCGAGCGCGGUUAGAAAGCUUAUAUCUCUGAAAGAGAAGACUGGACAGGUCAUGUCCGAUGACGAGCGUGUUGCAUUAGCCCGAGAAGCGAUGCGAGUCUGUUUCGAGCAUCUCGCCUCACGCACAAUCAUCGCCCUAGAAGCUCUUCAAUCAAAAACAGGUAACUCCAAUGAAGAUGUCAAGACACUAGUCGUCAGCGGCGGCGUUGCCGCGAACAAGUUCCUCAUGAAGGUCUUCCGUUCAUUCCUCGAUGUUCGCGGGUUCGAACAUGUUAACAUCAUGGCACCCCCGCCUUAUCUGUGCACAGACAAUGCGGCGAUGAUCGGGUGGGCUGGGAUUGAGAUGUUCGAGGCGGGAUGGUGCUCCGACCUUAGCGUUCGCGCUUUGAGGAAGUGGACCCUUGACCCGCGUGCUGAUGAUGGCGGAGUUCUGGGUCCGAAUGGGUGGAGGAAGUGUUGA